GUAGCAUGGUUAGUUGGAUUGACAUGAUUAGCAUGAUUAUUCGACAUGAUACAAUUCGAGUUGUUUUCUAACUUAAUUGAGAUUUUUGUCAAACAAUUGCUAAUAUAAAUUAAAUUGUUGUUUGGUUUUAAAGAUAAAUAUUAUUUUUAAUCAUUUUAUAACUCAUUAUGCCUAAGACAAAAAAGAAGUUUAUUGAUAAAAAGAAUUCUGUGACUUUUCAUGUUGUUCAUAGAAGUCAACAUGAUCCACUUGUGGCUGAUGAAAAAGCACCACAACAUGUAUUGGUACCUCAAGAAUCAUACCAAUCUAAAAGCAAAAAAAACAAAGAAGAAGAAGCUAAAUACGGGAUAUAUUUUGAUGAUGAUUAUGAUUAUUUACAACAUUUAAAAGAGAGUCAAUCUAAUGAUUUUAUUUUAUUGCCAGCACCAACAAAUAUUAACGAAAAUAAUAAAAAACCAAAAGUAAUGUUACCAUCUUCAGUUUUUGAAUCUGAAGUAGAAGAAAAAGUUGGAAUGCUUAACAAAGCAGCUCCUCAAUCAGGUUUACGACUUGACUUGGAUCCAGACAUAGUUGCAGCAAUGGAUGAUGAUUUUGAUUAUGAAAAUCCUGACAAUAUGUUAGAAGAUGAUUUUGUAAUCACUGCUAAUCAAUUUGGAUCAAAUGAACAAUUAGAUGACUUAGACAGCAUGACAGAAGAAAGUGAUGGCUGCAGUAGUGAAGCCUAUGAUGACGUUGGUAGCUUAAAUAUCGAGGAAACCAAAUCACGGUUCACUAAUUAUUCUAUGUCAAGUUCAAUCAUUAGACGAAAUGAAAAUUUAAAAUUAUUAGAUGAGCAAUUUGACAAAUUAUAUGUUGGAUAUGAUGAUAUUGAAAUAGGAGCUUUAGAUUCUGAAGAAAUUGAGGGUACUCUUACAAUGGAUUCUGAGAUGAUUAAAAAUGCAGCAGAAGAAUUUGAAUUGAAUACCAAAAAAGAAGAAAUAUCAACAGAUAGAUCUGCAGUUUUAAUGUAUGAUAGUGACUCAAAUAAUGAAGAGACUACUUAUAAAUUACCAAUUGAUGAUCCCAAUCAAAAAAAGUGGGAUUGUGAAAGUAUACUUUCAAAAUAUUCCAAUAUUUACAAUCAUCCUGUAUUAAUUAAAGAACCUCAGAUUAAAAAAAUUCAUAUAAAUCCUAAAACAGGAAUACCUCUCGUACAGUAUAAACUCACAGCUAAAGCAUUAAAAUCACUUGAAAGUAGUGAUGUAAAUAAUUCGAACACAAAAUCUGUUAUAUCAGCUUUAUCCAUGUUGUCAAUUAGACCAAAAAAUGAAACAUCUGAAGAAAGAUUAAGUAGGAAAAAGGCAUUAAAAGAAUACAGACAGGAAAGAAGAAAAGAGCGUAAAGCAAACACUCAGGCAUUUAAAGAAGAAAAGAAAAAGUUAGAAAAAGAAUUUAUUAAUAAAAAUGUCACCAAAACUGUGCGUGUCAUAUAGUUAAGACUUGCUAUUAUAUUGUACAAACUUGUUAAUUAUUUUUUAAAAACUUAAUUUGACAAAUACAUAAGUUUUCUUUCCCAAUAGAUAUUUAGGCAAUUCUA